AUGCAAUUUUAUGAAAGUAAUGGAUAUGGAUAUUUCCAUUACGAUCAAUUGCUUGCUUUCUACCUUCUCCCUCAAAAGGCUUCUCUUAAGCGUGAUGGGAACAAUAUUAAAAGGAAUUCUCCUCUAAAUGGACCUAAUUGCAAAAUUGAAAUUAAAUUUAGUGGACAAGAAUAUAGGAUUUUAAUAAACAGGAAAGAGGAAACAACUGAGACAGCAAUUGGGGAAACGACAACAGAGGAACCAACAACUGAAGAAUCAACAACAGAGGAAACAACAGAGGAACCUGUCGAAGAAACUUGGAACUAUCUAAGACCCAAACCUUCACGAUCUUCAGGGUCGGAUGAAUUAAUUACCGCUAUCUUGAUUACUGUAAAUAUUGUCUUGCUUGCUAGUGUUGUUGGUGUUCUCCUUUGGUGUUGUUUUUGUAGAGAUGAAGGGAAUAAUGAAGGGAAGAAAUAA